UGUACUAAGCAGCGUUACUCUCGAUGAAUCUAGUCAAAGCCUGGGAUUGACAGAAAAGAGUGAGAAGUUUAUGCUUAGAUUUGUGCUUGCGAUCUCCCUCUCCUCUCUCUCUAUAAAAUAGAGGACCGAAUGGUCAUGAAGUUUUAUAUUGUUUAGAUUUUCUCACUCUCUCUCUAACAUUGACAAUCGCGUGAUCAUCCUCUCUACCAACUUCGAAAGUCUCCUUCUUCUUCUUGGAAGGGUUUCAGCAUCCUCAUCUGAACAUUUUCUUAUUGAAGUUUAAUAGUGUUUGAAUAUGGGAAAACGUGUGAUGCUCCCCGUUGAGCAGGUUGACAUUGCAUGUGUCAAAUAUGAACCAGAGGUCAUCCAUGCUCCUCACCUCACAGGAUUUGCUCUCAAGCUGUUUGUGUGGAUCGUAGAGACUCCAUUGCUUGGCCAUGCGGUUAUUUCCUUCUUGAAGAGGAGCAACAAGAUGACGGAGAUGUUGCGGAAUACGGUGAUUCCUGAAACACCCAUGUUUAAACCUGAGUUCCCAUCUCAAGAUCCAGAAACUAGUGUCCUUUUUAUAAAUGAAGAUGGUUCAGCAAUUCAACGUGUUGAGCUGGCCUUGAAUUGCCUCCCACCCUAUAAUCCAUCUCUUCACUGGAGUGAGGACUUUUCCUGUUCAUUCUUGUAUUGGACAAUUCGUGAUUAUGCACAUGCCUAUCGGUCUAGAGGCAUUACUCCAUCAAUGGUUGCAGAGCGCAUCAUCUUAGCCAUAGAGGAGUCCAAUCAAAAGAAGCCUCCAUCGCCAUUGUUGAUAUCUUUUGAUGCUUAUGAUGUGAGGAAGCAAGCUGCAGCUUCCACACGGAGGUUUGAAGACGGUAACCCACUGUCUAUAUUGGAUGGAAUCUUCAUGCCAAUCAAGGACGAUAUAGAUUGUUAUCCCCACCCUAGCAAGGGUGCAACAACUUGGUUUCACAACGUUCGUCAGGUAAAUGAAGAUGCAGCUUGUGUUUCAAAGUUACGCAGUUGUGGAGUGAUACUAGUGGGAAAGACCAACAUGCAUGAGUUGGGGCUUGGAACAACCGGAAAUAAUCCGCAUUAUGGGACGGCAAGGAACCCGCAUUCAACUGAAAGGUACACAGGUGGAUCUUCCUCAGCUCCUGCAGCAAUUGUGUCAUCUGGGUUGUGCCCUGCUGCUCUUGGAACUGAUGGUGGAGGUUCAAUAAGAAUUCCAUCUUCGCUUUGUGGUGUCGUGGGCUUGAAAACGACAUAUGGCAGGACUGACAUGAAAGGUGCCUUAUGUGAUUCUGGGUCUGUUGAAAUUAUUGGAACGAUUGCAGCUACGGUUGAGGAUGCCAUGCUUGUAUAUGCUGCAAUAUUGGGAUCUUCUGGAGCUGAUCAGAUCAGCUUGAAGCCGCUGUCACCCUGUUUGCCACACUUGUCACCACCUGAUGAUCGUGAUGCAUUGGGAUCAUUGAGAUUGGGAAAGUAUUCUGAGUGGUUCAAUGAUGUUAACUCAACUGAUAUUUCUAAUAAGUGUGAUGAUGUUCUUCAUGAACUCUCCAAGAGUUAUGGAUGCCAAACUAUAGAGAUUAUAUUGCCUGAGCUGCCUGAGAUGCGUGCUGCUCAUCUUGUUUCAAUUGGUUCAGAAUCAGCAUGUUCUUUAAAUCCUGACUAUGAGGAUGGGAAGCGGGGUAAACUUUCACUUGAGACCCGCACUAAUUUGGCACUGUUUCGAUCAUUCUCUGCAGCAGACUAUGUUGCCGCUCAGUGCCUAAGGAGACGAAUUAUGCAUUAUCACAUGGAAGCGUUCAAAAAGGUCGAUAUCAUAGUGACUCCUACAACUGGUACUACAGCACCAAUUAUACCUCCAAGUGCACUCACGAUGGGGGAAACGGAUAUGCAGACCAACGGUUAUCUCAUGCGUUUCAUAAUUGCUGGAAAUCUUCUUGGGCUUCCUGCUGUUUCUGUUCCUGUUGGACAUGAUAGUCAAGGGCUUCCAAUAGGCAUACAAUUCAUAGGCCGUCCAUGGUGUGAAGCAACAAUCUUACGAUUAGCUUCAGCAGUUGAGGAGCUCUGUGCAGGUUUGAGGAAAAGGCCAUCGACAUUUUAUGAUAUCCUCAAGGAAGUUUGAGUGACAAGCUGCAUUACAUAGCGUGUGAAAACAAGUAUUGGAAAUCAAAUAAAUGGCAUGCUAUCCUGUUGGUGCGCGACGACAUUACAAGCUACAUGGAUGUCGUUAUGGUGCUCCAUAAUCACCUCAAUUUUAUUUUAUUUUUUUCACAAGACUUUCUGAAGACUUUUAUCUGCUUGUGAUCAAAUUAUUACAGUCCUUAAAUAAACAUUGGUUUCAGUUGUUGGGCA